AUGGAGGAUAACACUACAAUGAAUGGAUUUAGCAACAUAGUAAGAGUGUUCCACUGCACUGGAACGGUACUCGCAGUUCUACUUGGCAUCAUUGGUAACUUCCUUGUUAUUGUUGCUAUAGCAACCACACCCAAACUCCGCACAUCUCACAAUGUUCUCCUUGUUAAUCUCAGUCUAGUGGAUCUCUUACUGUCACUUUUCUUUGUUUCUGCCUAUUCAAUCGGGGUUAUUGCUGAAGGCUGGCCCCUCAGCCAAGCUGCAUGUCGGUAUACCGUUCAAUUCUCCCUGGUCCUGGGACAGGUGUCACUGAUCACACUGGUCGUUGUAGCGACUAACAGAUAUCUACUCAUAGCCAAACCAGCCGACAUGUAUCACAGAUACUGCGGAUUAAACAAGAUUGUAUUAAUUAUAGUCUUCAUGUGGCUACAGUCAUUCGCUGUGUUUCUUAUCGCAGAGUUUAUACUCAAGAUAGAUAUUCGUUACCAGUCGGAAUUUGCCACAUGUGCCUUAAACCCUAGAGACACAAUUUCACAUCAAUAUAUUGCGGUUGUGAUAUGCUGCAUGGUGCUGACUGUAUUAAUUGUAAUGCCUCUACAAUAUAUCCGGACAUUUCUAGCUGUACGUUCAAGUAAACGGCGUGUGCAGCCUGCAUUAGGACCACGCCCCUCAGACCUAGAGAUGCGGCUAGGACCACGCCCUCCAGAUCAAGAGAUGCGGGUAGGACCACGCCCUUCAGUAGAGGUGAGACGUUCAAUGGGACGUCCAACCCUCCAAGUUCGUAUCCGAUCAUGUGACGCACUCGCUAUCAGCAAAGAAGAGAUACGUAUUAUAAAGAUGUCAAUUCUGCUGACAUUAGUCUAUGUGCUGUCAUACACUCCAAUCUCAACCAUUUAUAUGUUUGGUGUUUAUUACCCAAUCCUAUUUCGAGGGGGUAGUUUGGGAAUCUUUAUUCUAACGAUAGUUCCAGCAAUUAAUCCAUUUGUAUAUGCCUGGAUGAAUAAAAACAUAAGGGAAGCUUUGUAUCGCGUUGUCAGAUCAUGUAAAAGACAAAGACUAAGAGCUGUUCCGGCAGGACAACUCUUGAUUUGA